AUGAAAGCUCGGGCAGAGAUCCCCUCAGAAUUCCUAUAUCUGUGUCCAGGGUCACUGAUUACCUCCGAGCUGGAAAACCCCGUCAGGAGGAAGUCUCUGGUUGGAUUGAGGUCUGGUGCGCAGAAUCGAGGCCAGUGCGCGGGCACAGGCUUCCCUCCCCACGCGGGGGCGCUGGCAGCUCGGCCCCGCGGUCCCUCCGGAGAUGCCCGGGCGAGAGCGCAGGGGCGCCCGAGGUCCCAGUACGGGAACGGCCCGCGCCUGUCGCGCGGAGCGCACCGCGGCAGGGCGCCCCGGGGCCGGGUGGGGCGUCGAGGGCGCCCUCGCUGGCUCCCGUCCAGCCUCUCCGGCGCUAUGGGAGACUUUGAGGGUGUCGGGGAUCCUCCAGCGCGUCACACCAACCUCACGGCGCUUUCAGCUCUGGGCCCUGUGUGGGCUGCAACUUGCAACCAAGGGAAAAAAAGGAAUGACACUUCCUGUCGGCGCGCACGAGCGAGGCGCGGAAGGGGGAGACAAGGCGACAGGCGGGGAGGCGGCCCGGAGGAGGCGGCUGCGCAGCUAGACGUGGAGAGCGCCCCGCCCCGCCCUGUACCUGCGCGCCGGCCCGCCCCCACCGAGCCAUUGGCUGCGCCCGCCGCCCAUCAGGCGAGCCCCCCGGGGCCCGCCCCCAGCCCUGAGCAGCGCCUCUUAGCUCGGGGGCCACCGCCGCCGCCGCGCCACUCGUCUGCGCGCCCUGCCUUGGAGCGCCGAGCCCCGCGCGGAGCCGCCAGCCCCCGCAGACUCGGGGUGCACCAUGCGCCCGCCGCCCACCCGCUGGCUCUGCGCGCUAGUCGGCGCCCUUGCCUGCGCCCUCGGGCCCGCGGUGAGUGCCCCCCCCUCCUUCGGGCCGUCCCGAGUCCGAACAGCUGGGGUGUAGGGGCGGUGGGACCCAGCCGUCUAUGCACGCGUCUGGAUAAAGGGAUUAAGGAGCAGGAGCGACCUGUCUCGUUCCCUGCUGGGGUGCGCGUUCCGUCGUGUCCCUCUUUACUGCAGCGGGGAGUGUGCCCAGCGCAACCACUCCUGGGCACCGAGGACAGGAUCAAAGACUACGGUUAUAUCUUAAAAUCAAGAAAACAAAAAUUUGGCGUCCAGGCAAAUGGGCUUCCAGGUGAGGAGUGCAACUUUCUGGAGAAGAUCGAGAUGGACCACAAGCAGUGCCUACAGGACAUCGAGCUGGAGAAUACGACAAUAGGCGAGGCCGGGAAGGUGGAGGUCCAGGCAGAGGCCGGGAAGGUGGGGGUCCAGGCAGAGGCCGGGAAGGUGGAGGUCCAGGCAGAGGCCGGGAAGGCAGAGGCCGGGAAGGUGGAGGUCCAGGCAGAGGCCGGGAAGGUGGGGGUCCAGGCAGAGGUCGGGAAGGUGGAGGUCCAGGCAGAGGUCGGGAAGGUGGAGGUCCAGGCAGAGGUCGGGAAGGUGGAGGUCCAGGCAGAGGCCGGGAAGGUGGGGGUCCAGGCAGAGGUCGGGAAGGUGGGGGUCCAGGCAGAGGUCGGGAAGGUGGGGGUCCAGGCAGAGGUCGGGAAGGUGGAGGUCCAGGCAGAGGAGCGUCUGAGUGUCUUCCCAGCCCAUUCCCCUCCCUACCACCUCUUCAACACGUCCAUCCCUCCCUUUCAGCCCAGGUAA